CCACGCUAGUCACACCGUUACUCAAGCAACAAUGUUAUUAGUCGAGUCUUAGGAGUAGUGUGUCUUUUAUUUGAGUCCUAGGAGUCUUAGUUGUAUGUUUAUUUGCUUCUCUUUCAAUCAUUUUUCUGUAAUGCUUAGGGACAAGCAAAUGCUAACUGUGGGGUUGUGAUAAACUUCAUAAACAUACAUGUAUUAUGUGCAUAAAUGAUUGAUCCUUAUGUAUGUAUGUAUGUAUGUAUGUAUGUAUGUAUGUAUGUAUGUAUGUGUGUGUUUAAAUUGCUCUAAAUUAGUUCAUAUUGACCAUGGAGUGACCCUAAUGUCAUUACCAAGACAUGUAGCGAUACAACGCAGAUUGAAGCUAAGAUUGUGAACAAAACAAAGUGCAGUGGACGAAUGUAGGUGUGGUGGCAAAGUGCAGACGUGCAGUGGCAAACGUCCAGCGGGACGCCAAACCAAUAAAGACCCAAAUUGAAUUAUUGUUGUUUGGAAUCUUCACUCAACCGUCAGCAGCCUCAGAAAUCAUUGGAAUUGGAUCAAUUUUCUUGAAGUGAGCAAAUGUAUUUGGUGGCUCACCAAUUGAUAAAAGAUGCAGAAAAAUAAAUGCAAGGAGAGAGACUUAAGCUGGCAGCAACCUUCUCUUGGAAAUGGGAUCUGCAAUUGCCUUGUUUUGUGAGAUUAAGUCUGCAGAAAAAAGGGGGCAGCAACUAGGGAGCUUAGUAUAGGGGUGGGCAACGGGACGGCACGGGAUACCCGUCCCGUUUUAAACGGGUACCCAGUCCCAUUUGGAGGCCAAAGUCCAUCCCAUAUCCCAAACCCAUAUGGGAAACGGGUACCCAUUACCCGUACGGGACGGAUAACGGGUACCCAUACUACCCAUAAAUACCCAAUGUUUAAACCACUCAAAUUUUAACAAAAGUUUAAACUUAACUUGUACUUGCUUAACAAUCACAAGACACAAAUCAUGAACAAUCACAACGCAUAGAAAAAAUCAUUCUAAGCACCAAAUUAUCAAAUAAGAAGUUUCAUUCAACACAAAUCAUGAACAAUCACAACACAUAGAAAUAAAUCAUUCUAAGCACCAAAUUAUCAAAUAAGAAGUUUAAUUUAACAAAAGGGAGUCUACAAGUAUUAUGUUCACAUAGCGUUCUUUGUUUCUUUACUAAGAAAAGUUUCAUCUUUGUGGCGAAGUGGACAUUCCCUUUCUAUGGAUUAGAGUUCGCAAAUGGGUAAAACGGGUACCCACAUUACCCAAACGGGUAUUUGCGGGUAACCCGCGGGUACCCAUAUUAGGAAUGUACAAUCCCAAGUCCCAUCCGUUCAUAAUAUUACGGGUAAUAUGGGUACCCGUAACCCUUAAAAAACGGGACGGGUACGGGUAUACCCAAAUACCCGUUUCCCGUUGCCCACCCCUAGCUUAGUAGACACUUUUUGGAGAGAAAAAUCAAAGGAGAGAGCUCACUAUGGCACACUUUGGAGUUGAGCAUUUUGAAGAAAGGAAGACUCUUGUAAGUUGGGGGUUAACUUCAACACUUAGUACUUUCUCUACAUCUUUGUUUUGGUAAUUAGUUAUGAUGUUAAACAUUAGCAUGUUUAUGUUCUUUCUUUUCAUCAUGAACUAAUCCCCCAAUUUCUGGGGAAACUUAUGGAUUUCAUUAUCUAGCCUCGAUGUUUUAACCGUGACUUUACAUGCACUUUACAUGCAUGAUGUAUGUGAUGUGGUCAUGUAAUAGGCUUUUCAUGGGUACCAGAAAGACGUAAUGAUGAGGUCAUCAAAUCCAAGUCCAAUUCAUCACACGAAGGUCCAAUUACUCGUCUACAAGCCAAGAGAUUAAGAGAGGAAUUUGCUGCUUAUUUGGAUCGACAUUAUGCUCAAUUGGACAUGGACCAACAUCAUGGGAAGCCCAUUAUACUUCUACAAUUCGUGGACCAGCAUGGAGGCAACUUGGGCUUCAAGGAAGGUGGAUAUGAAGGCUAGAUUUUAAGGAGUUGUUGACUUGGUCUUUUCCUUGUCUAUUAAGGAUUGUGUUUUCCUUUUACUUUUCCUUUAAGGUUUUGUUUUCCUUUUAAUUGUAGGAUUUGGUUAUUUGUUUGCUUUCUUUCUUAGUUUAAGAUUGGAUUUUCGUUGCCUAUAUAAGGAGGAUGCGUCCCUCAUUGUAAUUCAUUCUAUUAUCAAUCAACUUUCAAGUUUCAAGUUCAAACGAACUGGUUCUUUGUGCAAGCUUCUGUCGAGAGUGCUCCAGAGGUUUCACGUGUCUCUUAUCAACUAGAGAACGCGUCUAGUUGUGGCGAGCUUCUACCCUAUAUCAAUUACCCCUUUCCACGAGUUGGUGUUGUCCGAUUGGUUUAAUAUACCAAUUGCCCUUCAUCACGAGUUAGGAAUUGUCCGAUUGAUUCCGCAUCUAUCUUUAUUUUUCGAGUUCAAGAAAGGCGACAUCAGAAAAUCAUAAAAAUAUCGUUGAAGCUGCGUACUUUGAUCACAUCAAGUGGUAUCAAGAGCCCGGUUCAAACACAGCGGAGAAGAAGACGGUUCUUGGGAAUCUUGACGUGUUCUUGAAGCAAUCUUGGCGAAUUCUUGUGGGCUUUCAGCGCAAGAAACACUACCUUGUGCCACAAGAAUGGAUGAUCCAAUGAAGGCAAUGAUGGAUCAAUUGGCGGAAAUUCAGCGAACUCUAGCGGCCAACGCUGCCGACGUUAAUGCACGAUUCGCCAUAGUCGAAGCAAGGCUAGCCGCGCCUCAAGCUCCUGCACAAGAAGCAUCACCAAACCCUAAUGCCGAGAGGCCUAGGCGAGAAGAUGAAGAGCGAGGAGAAAGGAGGAUUGUUCCGCAACCCAUGGCCGAACAAUUGAGGCGCCAUCGUCCUUUGGGGAUGCCGCGAGCAAGGAGAGGGAAUCCUCGAGUGCAAGACGAAGAAGGCGAGUAUGACGACGAUGAUGCCAACCUUAGAGAAGUUGAAGACGAAUUGAGAAAUGUGAGGGUCACUAUUCCAUCAUUCAGAGGUGCUACCGAUCCCGAAGCUUAUCUUGAUUGGGAAAGAAAAAUGGAGAUGAUUUUCGACUAUCACAACUAUUCCGAGAGGAAGAAAGUUCAAAUGGCUGCAAUGGAAUUCACGGAUUAUGCUAUCAUCUGGUGGGAUCAAAUCUGUACGAGAAGAAGGAGGGAUAGGCAACGCCCUAUUGAGACAUGGGAAGAGAUGAGGAGCAUCAUGCGGGAUAAAUUCGUCCCUAGCUACCAUCGUAGGGAGAUGUAUCAAGCCCUGCAAACCUUACGACAAGGUACAAAAAGUGUAGAGGAUUACUACAAGGAGAUGGAGAUGAUGAUGAUUAGAGCUGACCUCGUAGAGGAGAAUGAAGCCACCAUAGCACGAUUCCUACACGGUCUCAAUCGAGAAAUCAGGAAUGUGGUGGAAAUUCAACCAUUUAGAGAGUUAUACGAUUUGGUUGCAAUGGCGGCCAAAGUUGAGAAGCAACAAUGUAGUAACCUUGGAAGAAGGUUCACACCUUCCUCUAGCGCACCAAGGCCAGGAGUGCCUUCGACUUCAAACCCUAAGCCAGCCAUUUCAAAACCAGAAGCACCAAAACUGGCAGCCAAGGUUGAAGCACCAAGAGAGAGACCCACAAGCUCUAGUGGAGGAAUUCAAUGCUUCAAGUGCCAUGGAAGAGGAAAUAUGGCCAACCAAUGUCCUAACAAGAGAGCUCUAGUCAUGUUGGAGAAUGGAGAGUAUGUCUCGGAUUCUGAGGAAGAAAAGGAGGCUAAUUCAGAUUUUGAUGUGGACGAGAAGAUAGAGAUGGAGGAGGCACCACCGGGAGAGCUUUUCGUAGCUAGAAGAAUUCUAAGUGUGCAACCCAAAGAGGAGCUUGAACAAAGAGAGAAUCUGUUCCAUACAAGGUGCACGGUGGAUGGGAAAUUACUCUCGUUGGUAAUUGAUGGUGGAAGCUGCACUAAUGUCAUUAGUGUCUAUUCGGUUAAGAAGUUGGGAUUAAACACUUUGAAGCAUCCCAAGCCAUAUACACUUCAAUGGCUCAAUGAUCAUGGCGCCAUCAAAGUAACAAAGCAAGCUCUCUUGAAGUUUUCGAUUGGAAGGUAUGAAGAUGAGAUCUUAUGUGAUGUUGUGCCUAUGCAAGCGGCGCAUGUCUUAUUUGGGAGGCCAUGGCAAUUUGAUCGAAAGGCACAUCAAGAUGGAGUUACUAAUAAGUACGAGCUAGUACAUGGCGGGAAGAAAUUCGUGUUGAAACCCCUAUCUCCCAAGGAAGUUUAUGAAGAUCAACUCCAAAUGCAACGAAAGUGGGCGAAGGAGAAGGAGCAGGAAUCCCAAGUUACGGACAAGAGUGUUCAUGGGGGGACUAGUGCCGUGGAGACCAAGUCAUUGAUGAUAGCACGAAGUGGAGACGUGAAGCAAGCAGUAAAUGAUCAUGAAACAAUGAUUAUGAUAAUCUAUAAGGGCGUGCUACUCAAUCAAGAGCUUAUUCCAGAGAUACCACCUAGGGCACGAGUGGUAUUAGAAGAAUUUCAAGAUGUCUUUCCCGAGGAAGCUCCAAAAGGCCUACCUCCAAUCCGUGGGAUAGAGCAUCAAAUUGAUUUUGUUCCUGGAGCUACAAUCCCAAAUAAGGCGGCUUAUAGGACGAAUCCAGAGGAGACGAAGGAGUUGCAGAGGCAGAUUGAUGAGCUUAUGGAGAAAGGACAUGUUCGAGAGAGCAUGAGUCCCUGUGCAGUUCCUGUUAUCCUCGUGCCCAAGAAGGACCAUACGUGGAGAAUGUGUGUUGAUUGCCGAGCAGUCAACCAAAUAACAGUCAAGUAUCGUCAUCCUAUACCUCGAUUAGAUGAUAUGCUUGACGAGUUGCAUGGUUCUAGUUUGUUUUCAAAGAUUGAUCUGAGGUCGGGAUAUCACCAAAUCCGAAUGAAGGAAGGAGAUGAAUGGAAGACUGCCUUCAAGACGAAGCAUGGCUUAUACGAGUGGAUGGUGAUGCCCUUUGGUCUUACUAAUGCACCAAGCACAUUCAUGAGGUUGAUGAACCACGUGUUAAGAGCUUUUAUUGGAAAGUUCGUGGUUGUCUACUUCGAUGACAUUCUGAUCUAUUCGAAGAACAUGGAGGAACAUCUUGAGCAUUUGCGAGAAGUGUUGAAGACUUUGAGGAAGGAGCAGCUCUAUGCCAAUCUGAAGAAGUGCACAUUCUGUACCUCGAGGGUGGUAUUUUUGGGAUUCAUAGUAAGUGCGAAUGGUGUUGAGGUCGAUGAAGAGAAGGUGAAGGCGAUUCAAGCAUGGCCUACCCCGACGAACGUGAAUGAAGUGAGGAGCUUUCAUGGGUUGGCUGGUUUCUAUCGACGAUUUGUUCCAAAUUUCAGCACCAUUGCUGCCCCAUUGACAUCUAUUAUCAAGAAGAAUGUGGCAUUUUAUUGGGGAGAAGAUCAAGAGAAGGCAUUCGAACUACUCAAGUACAAACUCACUCAUGCUCCUGUUCUGAUGCUACCUGAUUUUGACAAAACGUUUGAAGUGGAGUGUGAUGCAUCAGGAUUGGGAAUUGGAGCCGUGUUGAUGCAAGAGAAGAAGCCUAUUGUCUACUUUAGCGAAAAGUUGAGUGGGGCUAUGCUUAACUAUCCCACUUAUGAUAAGGAGCUCUAUGCAUUGGUUCGAGCCCUCGAGACAUGGCAGCACUACUUGUGGCCAAAAGAGUUCGUGAUUCAUACCGAUCAUGAGUCUCUUAAGUAUUUGAAGGCCCAACACAAGUUGAACAAGAGGCAUGCUCGUUGGGUGGAGUUCAUUGAGUCGUUUCCCUAUGUAAUCAAGUAUAAACAAGGCAAGGAGAAUGUGGUUGCUGAUGCAUUGUCAAGGAGAUACACGUUGAUCACUACUAUGGACGCUAAGUACCUUGGAUUCGAGCAAAUCAAGGGUGCUUAUGAUGGGGAUUUCGACUUUGGAGAGACUUAUAAGGCUUGUGAGAAGCAUGGAGAAGGAAAAUUCUACAGAAGUAAUGGUUAUCUCUUUCGUGGUAAUCAAUUGUGCAUACCUAGAGCAUCACUUCGAGAGCUUUUGUUGAAGGAAGCUCAUGGAGGAGGAUUGAUGGCUCACUUUGGUGUAGCCAAAACAUUGAGUUGUUUGCAAGAGCACUUCUAUUGGCCUCACAUGAAAGGAGAUGUGGAGAAUUUAUGUGCAAGAUGUGUGGAGUGCCAGCAUGCUAAAUCAAAGAUGCAACCAUCUGGGUUGUACACACCACUACCUAUUCCUUAUGCACCAUGGGUCGACAUUUCAAUGGAUUUCGUGCUAGGAUUGCCGAGGACAAGAAGAGGUAGGGAUUCAAUUUUUGUGGUGGUGGAUCGUUUCUCGAAGAUGGCACAUUUCAUUCCAUGCCAUAAGACGGAUGAUGCAAACAAUGUGGCUGAUUUGUUCUUCAAGGAGAUCGUGAGAUUGCAUGGAAUGCCACGUACCAUUGUGUCCGAUCGAGAUGCAAAGUUUCUGAGCUAUUUUUGGAAGACGUUGUGGAGUAAACUCGGCACAAAGCUUCUGUUUUCGACAACUUGUCAUCCUCAAACGGAUGGACAAACUGAAGUGGUCAAUCGUACUCUAUCCCAAAUGCUACGAGCCGUGAUCAAGAGCAACAUCAAAACUUGGAAAGAUUGUCUACCACAUGUCGAGUUUGCCUACAAUCGAGCUGUGCAUUCAACCACAAAGCAUUCGCCUUUCGAGCUCGUGUAUGGGUUCAAUCCACUCACACCAUUGGAUUUGACACCUCUGCCAUUGAAGGAACAAGUCAACAUGGAUGGAGCAAAGAAGGCCGAAUUUGUGAAGAAUCUCCAUGAGAAAGCAAGAUUGAACAUCGAGAGAAGGACGGAGCAAAUCAUGAAGAACGUCAAUCGAAAUAGGAAGCCUCGAUCGUUUGAAGCUGGAGAUUGGGUGUGGGUGCACAUGAGAAAGGAAAGGUUCCCAUAUCAAAGGAGAUCCAAACUGCUACCUCGAAGUGAAGGUCCCUUCCAAGUGAUUUCGAAGGUUGGAAACAAUGCUUACAAGAUCGAUUUGCUAGGAGAAUAUGGGAUAAGUGCAACCUUCAACGUUUCUGACCUUGCACCAUAUUUGGAGGACAACUCGGAUUUGAGGUCAAAUCCUUUUCAAGAGGGAGGGACUGAUGAGGUCAUCAAAUCCAAGUCCAAUUCAUCACACGAAGGUCCAAUUACUCGUCUACAAGCCAAGAGAUUAAGAGAGGAAUUUGCUGCUUAUUUGGAUCGACAUUAUGCUCAAUUGGACAUGGACCAACAUCAUGGGAAGCCCAUUAUACUUCUACAAUUCGUGGACCAGCAUGGAGGCAACUUGGGCUUCAAGGAAGGUGGAUAAGAAGGCUACAUUUUAAGGAGUUGUUGACUUGGUCUUUUCCUUGUCUAUUAAGGAUUGUGUUUUCCUUUUACUUUUCCUUUAAGGUUUUGUUUUCCUUUUAAUUAUAGGAUUUGGUUAUUUGUUUGCUUUCUUUCUUAGUUUAAGAUUGGAUUUUCGUUGCCUAUAUAAGGAGGAUGCGUCCCUCAUUGUAAUUCAUUCUAUUAUCAAUCAACUUUCAAGUUUCAAGUUCAAACGAACUGGUUCUUUGUGCAAGCUUCUGUCGAGAGUGCUCCAGAGGUUUCACGUGUCUCUUAUCAACUAGAGAACGCGUCUAGUUGUGGCGAGCUUCUACCCUAUAUCAAUUACCCCUUUCCACGAGUUGGUGUUGUCCGAUUGGUUUAAUAUACCAAUUGCCCUUCAUCACGAGUUAGGAAUUGUCCGAUUGAUUCCGCAUCUAUCUUUAUUUUUCGAGUUCAAGAAAGGCGACAUCAGAAAAUCAUAAAAAUAUCGUUGAAGCUGCGUACUUUGAUCACAUCACGUAAUGAGUUCGAUUUUCAAUGACAUCUUUAUGUUUGUUGUUUUAAGUUGAAAGUAUGAGAACUUGGCAAUUGAAGAUUCAUUCCAUGUGGAGCUUUUGGCCUUUAAUAGGUUAUUAUCAUCAGAGGCAUUUUAGAUAUUUUUGUGGCCGAAUGCGCCACUUAUUUUUUGUCAGUUGUUGACGGCAAAAUUCAAACUUAAAAUACGCCGCUUAUCAAAAUAUCAUUACAAGAUUUUGAGCAAACACAUAAAUUAUCGCGAAUGCUCGUAAUUUGCUCGAAUGAUCCUUGCCAAUUAGGGAUGACAACAAUAUUCAUAACCGUGGAUAUCCGCCCGAAUUCGAUCUAAUCGGUUAGGGUAAAACCCAAACUCGAAGGACAUUUAGUGGGCACGGGUAAAACUCGAACCUUAAUAUUACGGGUAAUGGGUGGGCAUGAGUUUCUCACUAUCCAACCCGAACCCGCCCGAUUCUACACAUGCAUAUGUAUUUUGUCUAGAAAUAAUCAUUAUUUUUCUCUAACAUAUUUUAUAUUUAGCAUAUAAUAUAAUAUUUUCAUGAAAUUGUGUUGUUUUAAUUAAUUUUUCUCAUUCUAGUGAAUUAUUGUCGUACUUUUCCUCUUACGUAAUGUAAGAAUACGUGUGAAUAUUAACAUUUUGGUUGGAGUUAUGAAGAAAAAUUAUUACCCGUGGAUACCUGAAACCCGAACGCGUAUGGGCAAGGUUUUGAUUUUCUACCCGUUUUACAUGUGGGUAUGGGUAUAAGUAAAAUCCGACAUAUUUUGGGUAGGGUAACGGAUAUGCACUGACCAAACCUGAACCAUUGCCAUCCUAUGUCAAUUGCCAUUGUAUACCAUCCAUAUUUGCAUAUGUUGUGAAUUCAACUAUUCGAGCUAUAUAUAGCUGAAAGAAGGGUUAAUACCUUAUUUUGGCCCGAACUAUGAUCAUAUAAUCAACUUUGGUCCGUGGUUCCAGAAAUUAACAUCCUGGCCUCAACUAUGGAGCAUAUAGACUCAAUUGACCCGACACAUAGUUUGACCGUCAAUUUGGACGGUCAACUCCGUUGACCGUUAGUCAACACGUCAUGUCAUUGCCUAGUCAGCCUAAAAAUCAUUAAAAAAUUAUUUAUUAUCAAAUUAACCAAAAAUAAAUUAUAAACAACAUAAAUUAAA